GCCUGUUUUUCAUUUGUCGAGUAUCACCACAUUAUGAUCAGUUCACGUCAAUUCACUCAGUAUUUAUGGUAGUGCUCCUGUGAGAAUUCUGCUAAAUGUUACUCGUCUUGUGCAGCCUGAAGAGAAAUGGAUCCUGUGAUUACUAUAGUUCUGGUGGUGACAGCAGCAGCAGCACAAGUUAAUGCCGUGGUCUGUAAUCUCUCUCACGAGAAUGGAACUCAUCAAUGCUAUGGGGCUCUGGGAGAAUCUUUGUCCUUACACCUGGCUGCAGACAGCAGUAAUGAAGAAAUAACAUUGAAGAAAUGUGAUAAACGUAUUCUGCAAUUCAAAACUGGAGAAGACUGGAGAUCUAAAUUGCAUCAGGAUUAUGUGAAUCGCUCUGAGUUCUUUAAUAAUGGAACAUUCAGACUGGACAGAGUUAUAGAGGAAGACAGUGGAGAUUACCAAUUGGAAACAUAUAAUUCAACAGGAGAAGUGUUGCGCAGAGUCAACAUGCUACUUGAGAUACAAGCCCCGGCGUCAGAGCCAGUGCUGUCUCACCUCUGUCUGCCUCAUGGAGAAACCGUGGGCACAUGCUCCUCAGAGGGAGAUGGUCUUCAGUACAGCUGGACCUUGAACGGCCAGAAUCUGACCAGGAGUGUAGCCUAUGACCACUACCAGAACAGUGUCAUCAUACUGAAGAGUGAUGUGACAGGAACCCUGACCUGUAUGGUUCAGAAUAAAGUUAGCAGCAGCAGCUCCACUAUUGAUCUCUCCUUGGCCUGCUCAGGUAAUCUCAGGACAGUUGACUUCAUUCCCACCUUUUGAAAUAAGAGUACAACUCUGUUUCAUUUAGCUGGUCAACAAGUGUUGUGUUCUGAUGUUUUCUUUCUAGUUGUCUCUUCCCAGUUUCCUUCAGUAGCUGUGACAGUGUCUGUGGCUCUGACUGUUGGAACUCUCACACUACUUGCACUGUUUGUCGUUAUUAACCAUCUAUGCAAGAAACAAAGAUCCAGAUUUGAUACUUCAGAAAGCGUUGAUGAGGUUGUUGUUUACGCUGAUGUGAAAAUAGGCCGGCAAAGAAAUCAGGCAAGGAAGCAGAGGCCCCCAGCCACAGAGACGGUGGAGUAUGGACAGAUCAAAAUGGCUGUGAACCCAGGUGUGGCAGGCUGCCCAUAGACUCAAGGCUAGACAUUUUAACCACAUGUAGCUUUCUAAAGCAGUAAUAAGACAAGGGUUGACUGAACAUUAUGUGGAUGAUUGAGUAGAUGAGACAGACCAUCAAACUUAAAGACUAGUGUCAAAUGAACACAACAAGAUGACAUCAUGCAUCAUGCAAGGAAUGCUAGGAAGAUGCACUGCAUGUAGUUUGUAGUUUGUUAACAUAAAUAACGAUCUCAUUUUCUAUCAUAUAUUGUACAGUGGUAUAAAAAGUGUUCAGUAUUUUGUAACUUUUCCUUAAAACCAUGAUAUCAAUGUAUCUCUAUUUCAAUGUUUGAAUGUAUCCUGACUAGAGUGCUGGCAAGUUAGAACAUGGCUCUAUUGCUGGAGAACACAUGUGAACAUUUCCUGUAAACUGAGCCGCGAUAUCAUAUUGUAAAUGUAAUGCUUUCUUUCUUUUUAGGCAUCCAUGUAGUUUUACCAAUGUCUAUUUGAGAUCAAAUACUCAUUUACAAUUGUUAUAUAAUAUAUUGUUAAUGAGGGGCUGUAAAUAAAUAAAGGCUUUGUACAUAUUUUACAUUGUUUAAAGUA